GUACUACCAUUGACCAAAUCAAAAUUAGACAGAACACACAAAACACACACAAAUAGGAAAUCUCCUUCCCCCUCCUCUUUUUCUUUUCUUUCUUUCUGUUCAAUCCUCCAAUAAUAAUGUCACAAACUGGGAGGGAGUAGCAAAAACAAUUCAUCUUCCAUUAAAAACAUAAUAAUCCUCAGGUUUAACAAAUUUCAUUCAUUCAUUAAUUCAUUUCACACAUACAUACAUAGAUAUAUAUAUGGAUUCAUUUCACACACACAUACAUAUAUGUGUGUUUUCAUUUUGAAAGCCCUAAACUUUUUCCAUUUAUAAAGGGUUCAGCUAAAUUUCAAGGUUGUGGGGGUAAAGAAAAGAAUAAAGGGUAUCUGAAAACGUGCUAAUCUUUGGAUCUGAUUGUGAAAAAAAAACAUCAUUGUAUUUUGAUUGUUUAAGGAAAAAUCAAGAAAAGGGUAGUAGUGGCAUUGUUGUUCAGCUAGUUUUUGGGGCAAAAGGAAAUCAUAAAGGGUGUCUGCUAAUCUUUGGAUCUUGAUGGUGAAAAAGACAUCAUUGUAAUUUGGAUUGUUUAAGGAAAAAUCAAGAGAAGGAUAGUAGUGGCAUUGUUGUUCAGCUAGUUUUCGCGGGUUGGGGGCAAAAGGAAAGAGUAAAGGGUAUCUGAAAAUGUACUAAUUUGUUGGAUCUGAUGGUGAAAAAAACAUCAUUGUAUUUGUUUAGUUUAAGGAAAAAUCAAGAAAAGGGUGGUAGUGGCAUCAUUGUUGGUGUGGGUGUGGGUGUGGGUGUGGGUGGAGGGAUUGUUUUGGAGGAUUGGAAUUGGGAAGAUGCAGCUGCACUUCUCACCUAGCAUGAGAAGUAUAACAAUAUCGAGCAGCAAUGGAGGGUUUGGUGAAUUGAUGAAGAUCAAAGUCGCAGCUCGCCACUUCUCCUAUAGAACACUCUUCCAUACUAUACUUAUCUUAGCUUUUUUGUUGCCCUUUGUCUUCAUUCUCACUGCUCUUGUUACCCUUGAAGGUGUCAACAAGUGCUCCUCAUUUGAUUGUUUAGGCAGACGAUUGGGACCAAAGCUUCUUGGACGGACUGAUGAUUCAAAACAGAGACUGGUGAAGGAUUUUGUUAAGAUCCUCAAUCAAGUAAACUCUGAGGAAGUGCCAUCUGUUAUGAAGCUCCCAGAGUCUUAUGCUCAACUUGUUUCUGAAAUGAAAAACAACAAGUACAGUGCAAAAGAAUUUGCUUUCAUGCUGAAGGGAAUGAUGGAGAGAUCUGAAAGGGAGAUCAGAGAAUCAAAAUUUGCAGAGCUGAUGAAUAAACACUUUGCUGCAAGUGCUGUUCCUAAAGGCAUUCAUUGUCUUUCGUUGCGAUUGACUGAUGAGUACUCCUCUAAUGCUCAUGCACGCAGACAGUUGCCUUCUCCAGAACUACUCCCUCUGCUUUCCGAGAACUUGUUGCACCAUUUUGUAUUGUCAACUGAUAACAUCCUAGCUGCUUCCGUCGUGGUCAAUUCUGCUGUGCAGUCAUCUCUAAAGCCUGAAAAAAUUGUUUUCCAUGUCAUCACUGACAAGAAAACAUACGCAGGGAUGCACUCCUGGUUUGCUCUGAAUCCUGUGUCUCCAGCGAUUGUGGAAGUUAGAGGUAUUCAUCAGUUUGACUGGUUAACCAGAGAAAAUAUUCCAGUGCUUGAAGCAGUUGAGGGUCAUUAUGGGAUUCGAAAAUACUACCAUGGAAACCAUGUAACUGGCGCCAAUCUCAGUGAUACUACUACUCCACGAUCUUUUGCCUCAAAACUGCAGGCUAGAAGCCCAAAAUACAUUUCCUUGCUCAAUCAUAUUCGCAUAUAUUUGCCAGAGCUCUUCCCAAACCUUCAUAAAGUGGUUUUCUUGGAUGAUGAUGUUGUGAUUCAGCGUGACUUGUCUCCAUUGUGGGACAUUGACCUUAAGGGAAAGGUGAAUGGAGCUGUUGAGACCUGUAAAGGAGAGGAUGAGUGGGUGAUGUCAAAGCGAUUCAAAAACUACUUCAAUUUUUCUCAUCCUCUCAUAUCAAAAAAUUUGAACCCUGACGAGUGUGCAUGGGCUUAUGGGAUGAAUAUCUUUGACUUACAUGCAUGGAGAAAGACAAAUAUAAGAGAUACUUACCAUUCAUGGCUUAAAGAGAAUCUGAAGUCAAAAUUGACGAUGUGGAAGCUUGGAACACUACCUCCUGCUUUGAUUGCAUUCAAGGGUCAUGUUCACCCAAUUGAUCCAUCAUGGCACAUGCUCGGUUUGGGCUAUCAGAAUAAGUCUGACAUUGAUAAAGUGAAGAAGGCAGCUGUAAUUCAUUACAAUGGCCAGUCCAAACCUUGGCUGGAGUUAGGCUUCGAGCAUCUCCGUCCUUAUUGGACCAAGUAUGUAGACUACUCCAAUGAUUUUAUCAGGAAUUGCCACAUAUUGGAGUAAUCAAUAGAUCCCACUUCAGCGACAAAACACAAAGCACAAAUCCGGAUGUAAAGAGGAGAUUCUCAGACUGGCUGAAUUUGAUAAGGUAUAUUCAGGUUUUCGGAUUUGCUGCUUUUGGCUCACUUCUAUGAAGACAACCUGCAUUACUAGCAUGGCUACGAGAUUCAUUCUUUCAGUCUGUAAGAAGUUCAUCAAUUUAUUAUUUUUUCAUCGGGAGAAAAGGGACAUUCUUUUGGUUUAGCUUACUAUCAAUAUUGGUUAGGGGGCAAUAUUGGGGCAUGGCAGAAAAUACUUAUCAUUUGCCAUUGGUGAUAGGAGCUGUUAUAUUGAGAAGAAAAGUCAGGAUGGAGGCCAUGUUGAAAAGCCCCCUUAGAUAUAGAGAUAAUUCUUUAUCUUAAAAUAUUGAAUCUUUUUCUUUAUAUUGUUGUCAUCACCUACAUUUCAACUUCUAUUAAUUGAUUAAAUUAUCUCUAUUA